GCCGACGUAGCAGUGCCGCGUAGAGACCCCUACGGACGCUACGUCUCGUGCGCUACGACGUGCGAUCGUAAAAUAAACCAAACAAUGAAUGUGUAAUUCGAAUAUGUGAAUGUGUUUGAAUUUCGAAUAUUAAAUUUCUGUGUUUUGUGUUUGAGUUCGAUUUUUGAAGGAUUGAGAUAACCACCCCAACAAAUGUGAACGUGCUAGCCAGUAAAAAAAUAACAUCUAACUGGAGCAGUAAAUUCGAAAUUUAAAAAUGACGUGUCCAUUCCGUCGUGCGUCUUCACAACACCAAUUUGCAAAUGGCGGUUCGUCGGCUCCAAAGAAACCAGAGUUUCGUUCGAGGACUUCUUCUGUUCACCUUACCGGUCCAGAAGAAGAAGAUGGAGAGCGAAAUACCCUCACUCUUAAGCAUAUGAGUGAGGCUUUGCAACUCCUGACUGCUCCAUCGAAUGAAUGCCUCCAUGCAGCUGUGACGUCACUUACGAAGAAUCAAUCAGAUCAUUACCACAAAUACAAUUGUUUGCGUAGAUUACCAGACGAUGUAAAAACUUGUAGAAAUUAUGCGUACCUACAAGAAAUUUACGACGCCGUGCGAGCAACUGACAGUGUCAACACGAAGGAUUUUAUGGCAAAAUUAGGGGAAUAUUUAAUUUUAACAGCCUUCUCGCACAAUUGUCGGUUAGAGAGAGCGUUUAAAUGUUUAGGCACAAAUUUAACAGAAUUUCUGACCACAUUAGACAGUGUUCAUGACGUGUUGCACGAUCAGGACACACCGCUUAAAGAUGAAACGAUGGAGUACGAAGCGAAUUUCGUAUGCACGACCUCGCAAGAAGGGAAGAUACAGUUACACUUGACCACGGAAAGCGAACCAGUGGCGUACCUUUUAGUAGGCAGUCUGAAAGCCAUAGCGAAACGACUGUAUGAUACACAGACAGACAUAAGACUGAGGAGCUAUACCAAUGAUCCUAGGAGGUUUAGGUACGAAAUAAAUGCAGUCCCACUACACCAGAAAUCAAAAGAAGAUAGCUGCGAACUUGUCAACGAGGCAGCUUCUGUUGCCACCUCGACCAAAGUGACAGAUUUGAAGAUCGGCGUGGCUAGCUUCUGCAAAGCGUUUCCAUGGCAUUUCAUCACUGAUAAAAGGCUGGAACUCGUUCAAUUGGGAGCUGGAUUCAUGCGCCUCUUCGGAACCCACUUGGCAACACACGGGUCUUCGCUGGGCACGUACUUCAGACUCCUGCGUCCAAGAGGAGUGCCGCUGGACUUUCGCGAGAUCCUCAAGCGUGUCAACACACCGUUCAUGUUUUGCUUGAAGAUGCCUGGUUCGACAGCACUUGCCGAGAAAAGAGUCGAAGAUUUUGUCACUGCGAGACUGAAUGAUAUAAGGAAAUUGGGUUUGGAGAUCAAAGGACAAAUGGUGUUCUGUGCCGAGUCAGAUUCUUUGCUGUUUGUCGGGUCCCCGUUCUUGGACGGUCUCGAAGGUCUGACUGGAAGGGGACUCUUCAUAUCCGAUAUACCUCUUCAUGAUGCGACGAGAGAUGUCAUCUUAGUCGGAGAACAGGCUAGGGCUCAGGAUGGUUUGCGAAGACGAAUGGACAAGCUGAAGAACUCAAUAGAAGAAGCGAGCAAAGCAGUAGACAAGGAACGAGAGAAGAACGUCAGCCUGCUGCAUUUAAUAUUCCCACCCCACAUCGCCAAAAGGCUUUGGCUAGGCGAGAAAAUCGAAGCUAAAAGCCACGAUGAUGUGACAAUGCUAUUUAGUGAUAUCGUCGGCUUCACUUCCAUUUGUGCCACUGCCACACCCAUGAUGGUUAUUGCUAUGCUUGAAGAUCUGUAUAGUGUUUUCGAUAUAUUCUGCGAGGAACUUGAUGUUUACAAGGUGGAAACAAUAGGCGAUGCGUACUGCGUGGCUAGCGGGCUUCAUCGCAAAGUGGAGACUCACGCGCCGCAGAUUGCGUGGAUGGCUCUGCGCAUGGUGGAAACUUGUGCUCAGCAUCUCACGCAUGAGGGGAAUCCCAUUAAGAUGCGCAUAGGCCUGCAUACGGGCACAGUGUUAGCCGGAGUGGUUGGCAAGACGAUGCUCAAAUAUUGCCUCUUCGGACACAACGUGACACUCGCAAACAAGUUUGAAUCUGGGUCGGAACCGCUCAAAAUCAACGUUAGCCCAACCACAUACGAGUGGUUGAUUAAAUUCCCCGGAUUCGACAUGGAGCCGCGCGACCGGUCUUGUCUGCCGAAUUCCUUCCCCAAGGACAUACACGGGACAUGUUAUUUUCUUCACAAGUACACGCACCCCGGAACCGACCCCGGAGAGCCGCAGGUAAAACAUAUACGAGAGGCCUUGAAAGAUUACGGCAUUGGACAAGCAAAUUCAACUGAUGUGGACACAGAAGAACCAACUUAGUUCAAUGAUGAAGAUGUUAUUUGUAAAUAAUUGUCGUUUGAUAGAACUUCUUACGGAGUCGUUUGUGUAAAAAUAUUCUGCGGUGUUGUAUUUUGAAUUCGUAUUUAAGAUUCGUGGCUGUUGCGAUUGGAAUAAAUGUUUUUUCUCAUAUUUAAGUAUAAUACUCGCUAUAGAUGUAGUUAUAGAUCCUACCGAAGCUAUAAAUUAAUAUAUAUUCUAUGUUAGCUCUCGUCACUUGUACUCAAAUGUCAUGUGUAUGUAUCGAUAUAUUUCAUAUAGUUAUACCUAUUUAUAGUUCAUGUGAAGCUUUAGUGUAUUGAUUAUAAAGAGAUGUACAUAAUGAAUCUGGGAUAAUUACGACUUACAUAGAUAUAAUGCAAGAUGCUAUCGAGUAAGCAACAAUGUAAACUAUACGUUGCUUUUAGUAUGUAAUAAAAUAUUUAAUAUAGUAUAAAUUUAGUAGAGUCAAUAGUUAAAUUUUAUGAGCAUUCUUAUGUCACAGAUGUAGACAAAUCAAUUUGUUUUGAGAAGUCACUUUAUAAUAAUUAAGAUCAACUAGAUCAGCACUUAAAUUCUUUGCUCCUUUUCUUUCUAUUUUCAUAAGCAUAUUCUUUAUUAUACCAAACUCUUUCUUCCCUACAAAAUUAUACCUAAUACUUUCCACAAACUGCGAUAACAUUGAGAUAUUUCCCACUAAAAUAUUUACCCUUUUAAUAAAUUGUAUCAAAUUAAUAAAUUUCAGUCACUGUAAAUUGCACGUAGAAGCUUGGCAACGCGCCUGGCUAUUCCAAUUUUUGCUUUUAUAUUUAAUUUUGAUAGGGCCGGUCCAUUUGAUCCCUACUUUGUUAUAAUCAGAUCAUACCGUCGACUGCUGGGAAUUUUUUUCUUUGAAUUGAUAAAUGAAAUUUUUAAUAUCGAGGAACUUAAUAACUUGAACGUCCGAUCUUUCUUAGAAACAAAUUUCGACAGUAUCCUUAAGGAUUAGUGUCGGGUCUUACUUUCAUGAUUAAAGAACGUCUGGCUAUGUUUAGGCUUGAUAUGAAAUAUGAAUUUUGGGAGUGGUUUUAAGACCCUUUUUAAUUUCAAUCAGCUUAUUUUCACAUUCUUGCGGUUCUGAUAUUCCUUUAAAUUUUGUAGAUUUAUACAAACCAAAA